CGCGCGGGGGCUUACGGCCGGCGGUGGUAACCGGGCGGAGAUCGCCGCCGCGGCGCUGAGGGGACGGCGGCGUCCCGGUGCGAGCGGAGCGGCGGGAGCGGAGGCGGCUCGUCGGGAUGGCGGCGGCGGCCGCGGCGGCGGCCCAUAUGGCCGACGUCAGCUGGAAGAUGCUGGAGCUGCGGGCUCGCACCAAGCGUUCAGGUCUGACCGCUCGGCUUCGUCCCGGAGGGCUCCGCGCCCCCUCCUCGCCGGCGCCUCUGCCCCGCGCCGACCGCCCUCGCCCCGCUCUCUCCUUCCCCUCGCGCGGCCCGCUCUCCUUCGCCUCGCUGCCGGCUGCUCUCCCGCAGCUUCGCGUGUCACUCAGCGCGGGCCCGGCCGCCCCGUCCCGCCGCACCUGUUGCCUCGCGUGCCCCGCGCCUCAGGAGCCCCGCUUGGCCGGGCCCGCGCUGCCCCGCUCUGCAGCCGCCCGAGCCGGGCGCGGCGCCGCUUCCAUCCUCACACGGGGUCGCGAGCCCCGGAUUUCGGCCUCCUGAGCGCGCGUGCCCUCAGAGGGACGGAGGUCCGGAGUGCCGGGUGCUGGACAGCACCGCGCUGGGGUGGCUGCUUCUGAGGGUAGCGCUGUGGGGCCGUUCGGCGGUUUAGCAGAAGAAGACUUAAAAAAUGAAGUCCCGGUUUUUGCCCGGUGUCCCUGGGGUAAAGCUUUGUUGAUUUUUAAGUGAGGAUUUCUUGUGCAGAACUUGGAGCGCGGGCAGCUGGGUUCUGCCUCAGCCCACGGGUUGGGAGCAUGAGGUGCGCUGUGGGGCCCUGGGCUUCCGAAGCCCUGCUGCUUUUGGUUUAGUUUUUGUUUCUAAAUGCAGGACUAGCAGGGCCUCACCUGGCAGUGCUGUACUGGAAACAGUUUCCCAAGGGGUCCCUGGUGCUUCUGUGUUUGUUACGUGCUCUUACCGAGCUCAAACACGAUUUUUGGGUUUGUGUUGUUGUAAUGAGGGUCAGACAGCGGGGGAGGAAGGUGGUGGGCCUUCAGGACGGCUCACAGCAAAGGGAUCGAUUACAGAAUGCUGGCAUGGAUGGGACUUGACAAAUUCUACUUAUGCAUAGUACUGAUCUUCGAGCUACCAUUAUUAAAGGAUGUCCGUGGGAUGAAUCGUUAUGUGAUAGCCAAAACAGAUUAACAGUGCUGCUGUCUGCAAACUGAUUUGUGAACAUAGCCACAGAGCACAAGAUAAAGCCUGGGUCCCGUGUGCUUGAGUGUGUGAACCCUGAGUCACAGGGCUGUGUGCUGGCUGGGGGUCCCUGUGCACGAUGGGCUCUGCAGCUGUAAGCAUUUGGUUGAUUUUUAAAUGCUUGACUUUUUCUUUGCUGCUACCUUCUACUUUUUUAUUAAAUGCGUAUGAAAGUCUCUUCUGCUGUAGUGAUAGGCUGUUUUUGGAGUUCAGUUGCUUCUUUUCCCAUUCAGAGGUUUUGUCACUUAGAAUCUGAAUAAAUUUAUUUACUGAAGAAAUAAACCUGAUUUUAGUUCAAAUGUCUUUCUGAUAAAUGAGCUGGUUCUGAAGUUAAAUUUUCUACAUUCUAGUUCAGGUAACAUUCUAACCUGAAAAUCAAAGUCAUGUUCUUGUUCCUCAAAUUUACUCUUACAUUUUUUAUAACUGUUUAGAAAUGUAUGUAGCUUAAAAGCUCUCUCACUUAAUUUCUGGCAGUCAGAAGGACUGUGGCUGUUACUGUCACAGGGAGUGGCUGCAGUGCCCCCAGCCUGCCCUGAGUUGAGUGAAAUCUAUGCUGAGUCCCAGUUUACUAACAGCACUGCUUCUAUUUUUAAUGUGGUGCUUGGAGUAAGAUAAAUAAGUAUGGAACCUAUCUAUCUGUUUAGGCUCGUGUGUUAAAUGCAUGAGUGCUUCACACUUUACAACUGAGAGCAAGGUAUCAUUUAAGACCCAGUCCUGUAGGAGAUAAUGCUUAUGUAUGUUAAAACCUGAAUUACGUUUUGGCAGUAAAAACAAGCUUUACUGAGAUUUUUUUUUCUUCCUGAAGUGAUAAAGUGUUGUUUUAUUUGUUGCUACUGAGAAUUGACAGGAGCAGAUCAUAAUGGUGUUCAGCAAGCUGUCCAGCCUGCAACCUCUGAAAUUUUUUUGCUAAUGUAAAGAGCAUAAGCUGCUUUAAAGAUUUGAAACAACUUGUCAUCUUGGCUUCAAGUGGUGUUUUCUUAUUGCACCUUCCAGCUGGCAGUUCUACUUCAGGUUACAGACAUUCAGUACCAUAAGCAAUUUAUGACUGAAAGGAGCAUCCCAAUGUAAAUUCCAUAUCAGAUAAAGGCAGCACUAUGCAUAAGCAGAAUUCUAGCUCUGCACUUAGUUUUGCUUUACACUUUUAUAUGUAUUAUUAAUAAUUUUUAUACAAUCUUGCGGUAUUUAAAAUAGAUCUUAUAUAUCAUCUAUAGAUUUCAGUAGCAGUUUUUGUAUGAAACAAAAAAACCUGUGGAACAUCCAAAAGAUGGAGUUUGUAUAGCCUGUGCCAUUUUACUUAGUUAAGUUUUAUUGAAGGAAGAAUAAAAAUGAUUUGUACAGUGGAAGAGGGAAAGCAUAAAAUAUAACAAAAUGGUACUACCCUUUGUGCUCUGUACAGUCUGUCAUUUUAAUAACUCCACUAACAUUGCUUUCACUUAAUUUAAUGCUGGUUGCCUUUAACAUUUACUAAACAGUUUUGAAAAUUGCUGUAGCUUAGCCUGAGACGUUUGUGAUUAGCUGCACCAAUUUGAAAUGGCCAGUUUGGAUGAUGACAGAACCUCAUCUGCGCAUGCUUUUUUAAAGUUUGGUUCAAUUUAUGAGCCACUUAAAAGUAUUAACCUUCCUAAAGCUGAGGGAGAAAGUUUGUGGGAUAAAUUAGACCAUUACUACAGAAUUGUUAAGUCCACACUGUUGCUUCAUCAGAGCCCAACCACAGGUCUGUUUCCUACAAAGACACAUGGAGAUAACCAAAAGGCAAAAGUACAUGACAAUCUUUACUGUGCUGCGUGCUCCUGGGCAUUAGCCCUCGCUUACAGGCGUAUUGAUGAUGACAAGGGAAGAACUCAUGAACUGGAGCAUUCUGCUAUAAAGUGUAUGAGAGGAAUUCUCUACUGCUACAUGCGUCAGGCCGAUAAGGUUCAGCAGUUUAAGCAAGACCCCAAGCCCUCUGGAUGUCUUCAUUCUGUUUUCAAUGCACAUACUGGAGAUGAGGUCUUCUCCCAUAAUGAAUAUGGUCAUCUUCAGAUAAAUGCUGUGUCAUUAUUUCUCCUCUACUUGGUUGAGAUGAUCUCUUCGGGGCUGCAGAUUAUCUACAACACAGAUGAGGUUUCCUUCAUUCAAAAUCUUGUGUUCUGUGUGGAGAGAGCCUAUCGUGUACCUGACUUUGGUGUCUGGGAAAGAGGAAGCAAAUACAAUAAUGGCUGCCCAGAGCUACAUUCGAGCUCUGUGGGAUUGGCAAAAGCAGCUUUGGAAGCAAUUAAUGGUUUCAAUCUCUUUGGAAAUCAGGGCUGUUCCUGGUCUGUUAUAUUUGUGGAUUUCGAUGCCCAUAACCGUAACAGACAGACUCUGUGUUCAUUGCUGCCCCGAGAGUCAAGGUCUCAUAAUACCGAUGCAGCUCUUCUGCCCUGUAUCAGUUAUCCAGCAUUUGCUUUGGAUGAUGAGGUUUUAUUCAGUCAAACACUAGAUAAAAUUAUUAGAAAAUUAAAAGGAAAAUAUGGAUUUAAAAGAUUUCUGAGGGAUGGUUACAGAACUGCACUAGAGGACAAAACACGCCGCUAUUAUAAACCAGCAGAAAUUAAGCUUUUUGAUGGCAUUGAAUGUGAAUUCCCUCUGUUUUUUAUUUUCAUGAUAAUUGAUGGAGUUUUUAGAGGAAAUCUUGCACAAGUUAAGGAAUAUCAGGAUCUUCUGGAUCCUGUGCUUCAGCAUACAUCUGAAGGAUGUCCUGUUGUACCCAAAUAUUACUAUGUGCCAGCUGAUUUUGUUGAACUGGAAAAGAAGAACCCUGGCAGUCAGAAACGAUUUCCGAGUAACAAUGGACGCGAUGGAAGGUUUUUCUUGUGGGGACAAGCAGUUUAUAUCAUUGCAAAACUCCUAGCUGACAAAUUAGUGAGUCCUAAGGAUAUUGACCCUAUUGGACGUUAUGUCCCUCCACAAGAGCAGCGGAACGUUAGUAUGAGAUUUUCCAAUCAGGGACCUCUGGAAAAUGAUUUGGUAGUUCAUGUGGCCCUGAUAGCAGAAAGUCAACGCCUACAAGUUUUUCUGAACACAUAUGGAAUCCAAACUCAGACCCCCCAGCAGGUGGAACCAAUUCAGAUAUGGGCUCAGAAGGAACUUGUCAAGGCCUACUUCCAUUUAGGAAUCAAUGACAAACUAGGAUUAUCUGGAAGACCAGACAGGCCUAUAGGAUGCCUUGGAACAUCAAAGAUUUAUCGAAUCCUAGGAAAGACUGUAGUUUGCUACUCGAUUAUUUUCGAUCUAAGUGAUUUCUACAUGUCUCAGGAUGUUAUGAUGUUGAUUGAUGACAUUAAGAAUGCACUGCAGUUCAUCAAGCAGUAUUGGAAAAUGCAUGGUCGUCCACUGUUUGUUGUACUUAUCCGUGAAGACAAUAUAAGAGGGAGCAGAUUCAAUCCAAUAUUAGAUAUGCUAGCAGCCUUUAAAAAGGGAAUUGUUGGAGGAGUGAAAGUUCAUGUUGACAGAGUACAGACAUUAGUAUCUGGAGCAGUUGUGGAGCAACUUGACUUUCUAAGAAUCACUGAAUCAGAAGAGGCUCCUGUAUUUAAGAGUUUAGAGGAGCUGGAUCUUCCAAAACAUUCAAAAGUCAAGAGACAAUCUAGUACUCCAAAUGCUUCUGAACUUGAGCAGCAACCAGACAUAAAUAUUAAUGACUGGAAAAACAAGUCAACGUAUGAGAUUCUGCAGAAACUUGAUGACUGCAAUUGUCUAGCAAGUCAAGCGCUGCUUUUGAGCAUAUUGCUUAAAAGAGAAGGACCGAAUUUCAUCACCAAGGAAGGUACUGUUGCUGAACACAUUGAAAGAAUCUAUAGACGAGCUGGCAGCAAGAAGCUCUGGUCUGUUGUGCGCUUCGCAGCAAGUCUUUUAGGUAAACUAGUGGACAGCCUUGCACCAUCUAUUACUAAUGUUUUAGUUCAGGGUAAACAGGUGACAUUUGGAGCUUUUGGUCAUGAGGAAGAAGUUAUUUCUAAUCCCUUAUCCCCAGCAGUCAUUAAGAACAUCAUCUAUGAAAAAUGUCAGUUACAAGAUGAAAGAGAAGCUGUAGUUCAGCAGGAACUUGUCAUACAUAUCGGCUGGAUCAUCUCAAAUUCACCAGAGCUUUUCAGUGGCAUGCUGAAGAUACGGAUCGGAUGGAUUAUCCAUGCCAUGAAGUAUGAACUGAAAUUCCGUGCAGGGGAUAUGCCAGCCAAGGACUUGUACCAGAUGUCCCCUAGUGAAGUGAAGCAGCUUUUGUUGGAUAUUCUUCAGCCACAGCAGCAAGGGAGAGGCUGGCUUAACAGACGACAAAUAGAUGGUUCUCUCAAUCGAACUCCUGCUGGAUUCUAUGACAGGGUGUGGCAAAUCUUGGAGAGAACUCCAAAUGGUUUAAUAGUAGCAGGGAGAUUUUUACCACAGCAACCAACCUUAUCGGAUAUGACGAUGUACGAAAUGAAUUUUUCCCUCCUAGUUGAAGAUAUGCUGCAAAAUAUUGACCAACCAGAAUACAGGCAAAUCAUUGUAGAGUUGCUGAUGGUUAUAUCUGUUAUUUUGGAGAGAAAUCCAGAGCUAGAGUUCCAGGACAAAGUAGACUUGGACAAAGUUGUACAAGAAGCAUUUCAUGACUUUCAGAAAGAUCACAACAGGCCAAAGGAAGCUGAACACCAGGAUGACAUGACUGCAUUCUACAACACUCAUCCAGUUGGAAAAAAGGGAACAUGCAGCUACUUGAGAUGAAUUCUGUUCCAGCAUGCUCUAAAGCCUAAAGGAAAAAAAAAAAUACAGCGCGGAAAAGAUAUUUGGAGCAGAUCUAAAAAAUCGUAAAGAAGACUGCUAAAGUAAUCAACUGCACUUCCCAUUCCAGUUUGAAGCUAUGGCACAGCUUCUUCAGAAAUUAGCAGUCACUCAGGUCAGAAGAUUAUAUGCCUUCUAUACAAGGUGUUAUGAGCAGAGCACAGACAAGACUCAGCUGACAGCUGCAGAGCUUAGGCAAAAAAGGUACUUAAUUUUUUCAUGGCUUGUGUAAACAAAUAUUGGAACUGUAUGUUAUAGCAUAGAAUGACAAAGCUUGUUGCAAAUUUUCCUUUGAACGUUCAAAUACAUCCUUGUGAGACUUAAUCUCAGAAGUUAAGUUUCUCAGAAAACUGUGCUUAUAAAAAAAUUGAUAGUAAGAGUUAUCAGAAUGUGAAAACAUAUAGUAUUUGUUUGAAAUUGAUUUCUGAAACUUUCUUCUUAUUCGGACUUAGCAUUUUGACUUUCCUGUCUUUUUAUGGCAGAAAUCAAGACUAAAGGAGAAAGCUUGCUAACUCUUGUAAAUCUCAGCUUUCUUUACAGUGCAGGUUUUCAGAUCCUGUCCGCCAGCUUCCAUAUCAAUUGCAUGACUUCACAUGAGCUUUGGGUCAAGCCUCAGGUGACAAAAUGAAUUUACUUUUCAUGAAUUCAUUUUUUUCCUUAUCAUUAUCUCACCCCCAGUACUGGAGUAUUCCUUACCUUGGAAAUCAGAUUAAUAAUGUACUUGUAAGAACUCAUUUUGUAUCUUGGAGCCUUUAGGUGACACAUCCCAUUGCAGGAUUAAGUAUUAUCUGAUUACAUUUUCAAGUCUUCUACUGUAGUUGACCUUCUAAUUUGCUUUAAACGCUUUUAUUUCAGAACUCAUGAAAAAAUACCUUGCAUAUCACUGAAUAUAAAUAACAGACAUUAAGAGCCAUUUCCAAAGUAAGUGCUAUGUGGCAAACUGACAAACUCAAAUACGUAGUGCACCAUCACUACUCUACCUGCAGUGCAAUUUGCAAGUAGAAGUAGAGGAGCCUUGAAAAACAGAAGCAGUUGAUUAAAAUUUAUGUAACCUGCCUAAAAAUGGCAAAAGCAUAGGUAGAUAUUUAUAGCUGACAUGCCAGAUAUCCUUUUUAAUAUAUCAUUAUACAUUAUUAUUUAGUUUGUAUCUAGAAGGCCUACUAUGCUGGAAUCCUGUUUUGUACCCAGCUUCAAUAACAAAUCACGUCUUCAAAAAUAUUUUGUAGUUCCAUUUGUGUGAGAAUGCUACGUUCUAAUAUUUCAUCUAAGAGUUGAGAUGGAGGACAUGUCAGCUCAUUCUCAUUGCUUAGAAAUUAAAUCAGCUAUGCCUUCACUGACAACAGCAUAAUCACAAAUUGUUUUAUAGCAAUGUUCAGAGACUGAAAGGAAGCCUGAAAUUAACAUGGAAUUAACUGAAAAAGACAAAGAAAAUCACCUGAUCUGCAUUCCUAUGUGUUCUUAAACCAAUGUUUAGAUAUUUUAAACAUGCAUGAGUAAAAGCUUGCAAAUUUCAUACAUAUCAGUUUUUUCUUGCAGACACUUAAGUCAGAUCUCAAAGCAUUGGCACAGACAGAAUAGGGACAGGCACAGAUAAAGUAUAAAUGCCUGAGCCUCAGAUUAGUGGCAACCAUUAAAUGACCUAAGCACUGCUCACCUGGGCUGGCAAAAGCAUUCACCUGGUCUAUCCUAAAAAUUGUCUCUAUAUUAAACUGCAUUUUUCCCCACCAAAUCUUCACAAUGUGACAUUGCAGAUAGAAGAUCCCAUGCAGUCAGCAUUUAUUUUCAAAGAUCCUAUUUUCACCUUAACUGGCUGCUGCCCCUUCUCACAUUUUUGCAUUGCAGUACAGUAUCUUAGGAUAGGCUGAAGAAUGCCAGACAUAACUACCCUGAACACUGUAUCGUCCUUGUCUAGGGAUCCCAUGUUGAUCUCAUGGGCUGCAUGUAGAGGAAGUCUUAAGCUGGCAAAAGAUGACAGUGGCUAGCUUGUUUUAGCAUUAACUUCUAGACUGAGUUAACUCACGCCCCCAUCUUGCAAAGACAUCACCAAAUCCAGAAUACUCAUGCAGUUCACAUAAAAUAUAUAAAAAACAAAGAGGCUUUCAUUUGUUUUUCUUAAGUACUGCAUUUACUGUAUAGAAAAUUAUUCUAUAUACUUAAGAGCUGUAUAAUUCUAGAAUCAGUGCUUUGAAUUCCAGUACAAUCUUAGAAAGAUAAUUCCUGCUUUUAUUUCAUUGGCAAGAUGCAGUGCAUUUCAUUUGCAUCCCAGUCAGGGAUCUGUUAAGGCCAUACAUCUGUUUUAUUCAGAGCUUCUUACAAGAAGAUUUAAAAUCAAUUUUAGACUUCAGAAAAACAGCCUUGUAGAUAACAAAACCACUCCUCUGCCUCACUGACAACUGCAACAUUCAAGACCUAGCAAACAUAUUCCAAAUUUUCACUCAAGUCAACAGCUUUGGCCAAAGAAUCAAAUAAAAACAGUAAUACAAACCUUAGAAAGCCUGGUCUCUUGAGCCUACAUAGCUCAAGGAUGGCACACGUUGUGGUUUGCACCGCAGACCUCCAUUUCAGAUCCUGUCUUUAUGCAGUCCUUAACACGCACAGUAAAUGUAAGAUUAGUAACAGAUUUAAUUAAGACUACUCUUGAAUAAAAAUCUGUCUGUAUUAAACUAUUAGUGGGAUUAAAGCUUUUACAUAAAAGUUUUAGUAUACUAACUGCCUUUUAAUGUAUAAGUCUAAUAUAAGAUGAUAAUACUUUGAAAUAUUUUAUAAAUUUUCAUUAAAAAACGUGACAUGAAGUUGCAAUCAAGACACAAACAUUACUGCAUUACUAAGCUAGUUUUAUUAAAAAUGCAUACUGCCAGUAAGUGAGAAUUAUUUGUAGAGGAUUUUCAAAUGUAUUCAGUUCAAUUCUUGAUGCUAUUCUCUAUAAUACCAAUGGUCAAGUUUCCAUCAGCUUCUGUGUGAAUAACAGGGAACAAUUCCCUAGGCAUUACUCAUUUUCUUUUCUCGGGGUUGCAACUGACAUCUGUGACCCUAUGUAAGUCUCAACCUUCUGCUGUCCAGCUGUUAAAAUGCUCAUACAAUUAUCUGUUUGAGGCUGUUAGCUUAAAUGUGUAGUUUGUUAAAUAACACUCUACAAGGAGUUAAAAAAACAAAAUUACAUUAGCAGACUCGGGGUGUCUUUUAGAGAAAAGCUCAAAUGCAGUUUGAUCCAAUCUGCAAUGCUGCAGACUGGGAAAUGGCCUGUGAAGUUUUGUACUGACAGACCUAGAUAAAAUUUUAGAAGAGAAAAAUCUGAGCAACUGCAGCUGUCUGGCAUUCCCCAUUAUCCAGUUUCCAUGGAUACAAGCAUUAGAAAUUUUGAAGUGAGUAUUAUUUUUAAAAAUCACCCUCUCUCCCAGAAGUCUUGGUGACAGAAGAUGCGUUAGAAAUCUUGAAACUCUUGGGUUGAAAGCCCAGCUACAUUUGCAACAUUGCUAAAAUGAAGGUUAAGAAAGAGAGUAAAUAUAGCAAACAUUUUCCCAUUUUGUUUUAGGUCAGGAAGACUAAGAGAAGGAGA